UUGUUUCUGCAGCCUUUGAGUUUGGCUUCUUGCUACAGAUAAAUGAGGAGGCUGCGCUGGCAGCGGCCCUGAAUGACUACCUCACCUCACGCAGCUACCUGGCCGGGUUCAGCCCCUCCCAGGCCGACCAGAAAGCCUUUAAGCUCCUCCACAGGCCCCCAGAUCUGCAGCAUGUCCACGCUCUGCGCUGGUACAGACACAUAGCAGCCCUGCAGCAGGACCUCGACUCUGAGAGCACCAUGAAAGGGAAGCGGGUCCAGCCGGCCUGGUCUCCACCAGCAGGAACAGAAGUUCCACAGCUCCGACUCUACAACAGUCUGACCAGAACCAAGGAGCCGUUUGUUCCUCAGAAAGGGAAUACAGUGACGUGGUACUGCUGCGGACCGACAGUCUACGAUGCCUCACACAUGGGACACGCCAGAUCCUACAUAUCUUUUGAUAUUCUGCGAAGGAUACUUAAGGACUACUUCAAGUACGACGUCCUCUACUGCAUGAACAUCACAGACAUCGACGACAAAAUCAUUAAAAGGGCUCGGCAGAACCACCUCCUGGAGCAGUACAAGGAGAAGCAGCCAGCAGCCGCUCAGAUCCUGCAGGACGUCCUGAGCGCCAGAGGGCCCUUCCAGGCCCACCUGGCAGCGACGACAGACCCUGAUAAGAAGCAGAUGUUGGAGCGGCUGGACGCUGCCGUCACCGCCGCUCUGCAGCCCCUGCAGGCAGCGAUGGAGGGCAAAGCAGCAGCAGACGUGGUUCAGCCUCUGGCAGAGGUGCUGCUGGAGAGCUCGAAGGACCUGCUGGCUGAGUGGUUGGAUCAUCAGUUUGGGAGUAAAGUCACAGAGAAUUCCAUCUUCUCCAUUCUCCCCAACUACUGGGAGGGAGAGUACCACAAAGACAUGGAGGCUCUCAACGUUCUUCCUCCAGACGUUCUGACUCGAGUCAGCGAGUACGUGCCUGAGAUUGUGGACUUUGUGAAGAAGGUUGUCUCAAAUGGUUAUGGCUAUGAAUCCAACGGUUCUGUUUACUUCGACACCUCCAAGUUUGAUGCCAGUCCACAGCACUCGUACGCCAAACUGGUGCCGGAGGCAGUCGGAGAUCAGAAAGCUCUACAGGAGGGAGAAGGCGACCUGAGCAUCUCUGCUGACAGAUUAAGUGAGAAAAAGUCUCCCAAUGACUUCGCCUUGUGGAAAGCCUCCAAACCUGGAGAGCCUUCGUGGGACUCUCCGUGGGGGAAGGGACGACCAGGCUGGCACAUUGAGUGUUCGGCCAUGGCUGGAUCUAUCCUGGGAGAGUCCAUGGACAUCCACGGCGGAGGCUUCGAUCUCCGGUUCCCUCAUCACGACAACGAGUUGGCUCAGUCUGAGGCUUUCUUUGAGAACGAUCACUGGGUGCGAUACUUCCUGCACACUGGACACCUGACGAUCGCCGGCUGCAAGAUGUCCAAAUCUCUGAAGAACUUCAUCACCAUUAAAGACGCCUUAGCAAAGAACACAGCUCGUCAGCUCCGUCUGGCCUUCCUAAUGCAUUCCUGGAAAGACACCCUGGACUACUCCUCCAACACCAUGGAGUCGGCCGUCCAGUACGAGAAGUUCAUGAACGAGUUCUUCCUGAAUGUGAAAGACAUAAUGCGCGCUCCUACUGACAUCACCGGGCGAUACGAGAAGUGGGAGGCAGCAGAGGUGGAGCUCAACAACAGUUUCUACGACAGGAAGUCGGCCGUCCACGAGGCUCUUUGUGACAACGUGGACACUCGCACCGCCAUGGAGGAGAUGAGAGUGCUGGUCGGUCAGAGCAACAGCUACAUCGCCGGCAGGAAGAGCGCCAAGCUGAGACCGAACCGCAUGCUGGUGGAGAGCGUCGCCACGUACCUCACCGCCACACUGAAGAUAUUUGGAGCCAUUGAAGGAUCGGAGCCCAUCGGGUUCCCAGUGGGAGGACAAAACCAGAACGUGGAUCUGGAGAGCACAGUGAUGCCGUACCUCUCGGUGCUGUCAGACUUCAGAGAAAACGUCCGCAAAAUCGCCCGAGAACAAAAAGUGACGGAGCUGCUGAAACUUUGUGAUGUUGUCCGUGACGACACGUUGCCGGAGCUGGGAGUCCGACUGGAAGAUCACGAAGGUUUACCCACGGUGGUGAAACUGGUGGACAAGGAGACAUUACUGAAGGAGCGAGAGGAGAAGAAGCAGAUGGAAGAAGAGAAGAAACGGAAAAAGGAAGAAGCUGCGAGGAAGAAACAAGAACAAGAGAUGGCGAAGCUGGCGAAGAUGAAGGUCCCUCCAUGUGAAAUGUUUCGCACAGAAACCGACAAGUAUUCUAAAUUCGACGAAACGGGUUUCCCCACUCAUGACGCUGAAGGGAAGGAGCUGAGCAAAGGACAAGCCAAGAAGCUGCGCAAGCUGUACGAGACGCAGGAGAAACUGCACAAUGAGUAUCUGCAGAUGAACCAGAACGGCAACUGAUUGUGUUUUACAAACUGUCCGCGCCCUCCAAGCUUCAGAAAACAUGCAGAAUAAAUGUUCAGGCCAGAGACGCUGGCUCAUCGUUUGUCUCCUCUUUAUCUGUUUCGGAUCAGAAAACAACAACAAAAACUGCAAGGGAUUGUUUUUCUCUGCUCAGUGAAUUUCAAAAUGACGGUUAAAAUUGACACUUUACGAUAAUAAAAGUCCAUGCAAACUGUUUGAUAAUGAGGAGAGAACAAGGCAAUAACUCAGUAAUGUGACUAAUGUGCGCAUGUUUCAUACAUUAGUGAUGCUUCUGACUGAACAACUGCAACACUGACAGACAGUUAAAGGGUUAAAGACACGAAGGAAAUACAGAUACACAGAUCAGAAUCUUCUUGUCAUAAAGUCUCUGAACUCUACAGGACAGAUGAACGUCAUUCUUCCAAGAAAUAUUCCCUCAUUCAACGCUUAGGUGUCCAAAAAAUCUCUUACAGGUGUUCAGUUUGAUUUAAAAUCUGGAGACUGAACCCUCCAACAAUGAUUCAAAUCAUUUAUUGAGCCCUGUAUGACAUUGUUACACUAAUUUAAUCAGGUUUUUCCUUUACAUUUCUCACCUGUCUGUAUCUGUAACAAAGGAUUGUGUUUAUUAUUGAUUGGGCUGCCCAUUAUUUCCUUGAUUCAUUGUUUUGUCUAUAAAAUAUAAGAUCUUAUAAUUUCCCUCAACUCAAAGAAAUGUCUUAAAAUUGCUCCUUUUUAUUCAACCAACUGUCCAAAGCCCCAAAGUUACUCAGUUUGAUGAACAAAAGCAUCAAAUUCUCACAAAUAUUUGGCACUUUUGCUUCAGAAACUGACUCAUCGAUUGUCAUUAUAGUUGCAGAUCAGUCAGUUAAUUGCUGCAGCUCUAAGAGGAACCUUUAAAUAAAACUCAUUACUGGACCAAAACUGUUUUUACUGCCGUAGUUUCACAGCUUGCGCUUCUUUCUAGGAACAUAUCUCUUUAUACAACCGAUUAAAUUAGCAACUGUAUGAAAAAUAUCAUGAACUUCACCUUGAGUUGAGAGACUCCUGCACAAUUUCAAUCAGUUUCUGCUGAAAUAAGUAGAAAAAUAACUGGAAAUGGUAUUUAAACAAACAUUUGUUUGAGAUAUUUGAUGCACAGAACAGGAGUCUGAAGCGUGCAUGCUGUCUCCUGCAGAGAGGAGGAUUUAUUCUGUUGUCACUGUGCGUCGAUUCACAACUUGAUGAUUUAACUCAACAGAUACUGAAACAUUUGCCUUUUUCUGCUCCACUUAUAUUUUCCAGCUGCUGUAUGAAGGGUUUUCUGUACCUGGAAUAUUUUUUAGGUAAUUCAAUCCUCCUUCAAAGUGUUUUUGGGUUGUUCCAAGUUUCAGUUGCACGUUCUGUAAGUUUUUGGAUUUGCAGUCUUAGAAAAUACUGCUAUCUAUUGGUAGUUUUUGACCCUUAAUUUAAAGGAAAAUACCAAAAUCAACUCUGUGUUUGUCUUGGUACCCACUGAAGAUGUAAAUCUUUAAAAACGGCUCAUCAAUAUCUAGUUAAAGUUGUUUUAAGGUUCAGUAAUUUCCUAAAAAAGCUGGUCACUGUUUUUAAGAAACAGGAGGAAAUUGUGCAGUUGUUGGGGACUAUUUUCAGCAGCGGAAUAAUCCUCAUAAUUCAUAAUGGUGCUUGUGUGCUACAGAGGAAUAACAUAUAUCCAACAGUUAUUGUUUGUAAAAUCAUGUUUUUGUUGGUUUUUGGUCUUUUUCAUGAUAUUUGACAGCCAGAAGAAAAAUAUAAAAUAUCACCAGGCUCAGCUGUUUUCUCAUCAUUCUGAGAAAAUCCAACUGUUGGUGUGUUUUCUCUCGUGGCUGCAGUGAAACCACAUAAAGAGGAGCUUUUUAUUAUUCAACCGUCCACUAGGGUCGUGUAUUUUUGUACUGUUUAUGUAUUAUGUGAAGGCAUAGCUGCAGUGAUGCUGUCAGAUGGGAAGAUGCUCAAAUAAAAAAGGCAGUAAGUGCGACUGA